GUCAUGUGGUUUCAUUCUGACUGCUGAUUGGCUAGUGCGUAUGUACGUCGUAAAACACGUGCUCGAAAACACAACACGAGGUUUUGUUGGGAAGUUUACUUUUGUUUACGCGAAACAUCGAAGUCAUGUCCGACGAGGAAAAUAUAGACGUCGAAUCUGAUGAGGUAGCGCUUGUUUUAACACCGAUUUUGUUCUGAAUCUCAGAUCUAACUCGCAACUUUCUAUUCUAACUGUAGGAGACAACGGAAGACCUGCAACCGACACAAUUUCUAUCACAGGUGAGACGAAACGCUUUUGUUGUUGUCGAAAUCCACAUGGGAAUACAGAGUGUGACACGUGUCGGAAAUAUUGUCCGCGAAAGCUUGUCAAUUUCAUGACAUUUUCAUUCUGGAGAAUAGUACAGCACAAUUCCAUAACACAUGCACGCUUUAAAUGUAUUUUCUUUCAAAAACACUAUUUUUAUGGACGGAUGUUGAACGCAAUUAAAUUUCGUGUCUGCUUCUGUUUUCAUGUCGUUCACCUGAAUAAAAACAUAAUACCGAAAGCUGUAAGUAUAUUUUGAUAAAUUCUGCUUGCGUUUUAGGCCGACAAACGAGCACAUCACAAUGCUUUAGAAAGAAAAAGAAGAGAUCAUAUAAAGGACAGCUUUUGUCAUCUUAGAGACUCCGUUCCUUCGCUUCAUGGCGAAAAGGUUUGGUUUACCCUUCCGCUGCAUACUGUGAAUUGCCCUGGCAUUCGCUGUUUCGCCAUAUUUCCAAUUUUUUAGGCCUUAUCCUUGUACUUAUUUAUAAAAUACAGUAUACAGUACAGUAUUGCACGCGUUUCUACACUGUCUGUCAACGCUUCGUUAAGCCGUUUGACAAUAGCUAGCCUAUAUGACUAGCUUUCGCAAAUAAAAUAACGUAUCUUUUGGAGAGAUUUUGCAGCGAUAUUUCGCUACCAGCAUGGCAAUUUGGAACACUACAACAAGCCAUAGGGGUUUUAAGUUCAUUUAAAACGAAACGAAAAAUGCUGAGUUGAGGUUUUAAAAUUGAAAGCAUUUUGUACACGACACACGUUGAUACUUGAAUCGUUCGUAGAAAAUUUGACUGACGAAAUAUCACGGCUAUUUUUAAUCUGGUUCAGGUCUAGGCCUGUGCCAAUUGCAUGCCAAAAGCGAAAACUUUCUUUCCAAUUCUGUUAAAUAACGUAUCAUUUCUGUAGGUUUAAGUUUAGUGAAUUGAUAUGGAAAUUAAUAUUAAAAUGUUUCAGUUGGUCUCUGAAAUUGCAAUUCACUCAACCAAAACGUGACGUUUACUCAAGCCUACUUUCAAUUUUAGAAACAAUACUGUAAUAUAUUAACCCGAGAAGAAGAGAUAUAUAUUAUUACAUAAUAUUGCCCUACUUGAAUGUAUGCCUAUUUAUUCUGCCUACAUCUAAAGAACAUUAUUUAAAAGCAAUAUUAGUACUGAAGGCCAUAAAACACCUGUGCUAGACAAAAUAUUCAUAUUAACAGGUAGUGUGUGGGUUCUGUCUCCGUUAUUAGGCAUAUAUAAUCAGGGUGCUUUAUAUUUCAGCUAAGGAAACUAAAUAACCUGGGAAUGGCCCUAGUUUCAAAUUCACAGUCGAAGGGACUGUUCAUAUGAGAUAUGGCAAGCUGGGCAAAUUAUGCCUGUAUUCUAAAAGCUCACACUCAAAGAGUGGAGGUUCAAUCUGAGCUUCCCUUGAGUGUCAAUGCUGUUUUUGAAUAGCUGGAGUAGUCACAUAGUAAUUAAGGUAGGAUCCUAUAAACCCUCCAGCUAUUCAAAAACAGCAUUGACACUCAAGGGAAGCUCAGAUUGAUACUAACUCUCCAGCUAUUCAAAAACAGCAUUGACACUCAAGCGAAGCUCAGAUUGAACCUUUUAGAGUACAGGCAUUAAUGUUGCACCACAAACAAUGUCAACCAUUAUAACAUGCAUUGGUUCUCAAAUAGUCGGACACAAUGUAGUAUCUCUGACCUGACAAGGGGCCAACGGUAAUAAUUUUAGGACGACCAGUGUCAACAUUCAAGGUUACUCAUUGUUAUUUGUGUGUCUACAGGCAUCAAGAGCACAGAUUCUUAAUAAGGCCACAGAUUACAUCAAUUACAUGAGAAGGAAGAAUCAUUCCCAUCAGGUAUGGUUCAACUAUCAUUGAAACGGAGCUUCGGUGGCAAAGUGGUUAGCGCACUUGCCUUUCACCUCUAAGGUCGCAGGUUCAAAUCUCAGUGAGAACUUUCUCAAUGCAACUCAAACCCAGUCCUCAUGCAAAAAGAGUAAAAGUCAAUGCUCUGCUGAAAUAAGUUCUUCGUACAUUUGAAAGUUGUGGGUUCUCUCCGGAUACUCCCACAGGGAAAGUUGGCAGGGUGGGUUAGGUAAAAAGGGCCCACAGUAAUUGGCAUAUGCUAUUGUGGUGACCCUGCUCUAGUUGGCAAAGCUAAACAAAAAAAAGAAACCAUUUGCUUUAAGUAACAUUUGGUUGCUACCAUAAAUGUCUACAUCUCAGAAGUUGAUGACAAUGGUAGCAAGCAAAUGUGAGAUUAAUUCAAAAAGGCUGAAAUUCACCUAUAUAACCUAUGCAUAGCUAUAACUUUCCCUUGGCAAAUUUCUGUAUAUGUUUGACAUUCUGGACUUUAUUCCUACACAGACUGACAUUGAAGAUCUCAAACAGCAAAAUGUUGUGCUUGAUCAACAAGGUAUGUAGCUUAUUUCAGAACCAUCCUCAGAAAACCAGUUUCAUAUUAUUCUGACACUGCAAUCGACCAACGAAAAAUUUGUUGGCUCAAGCGGGAUUUGAACUUGCAUCUUCUGGUGUCUAGAUUGCCGCUAUACCCAUUGAGCUAUUGAGUCAACAGGGAUUGGUAGCUAGUCUUAUCCAAUUUAAGUGCAUAAAAUAUUUUCGUGACGACACAAGCGUUAAGUCGUCACAAAAAUAUUUCAUGCACUUAAAUUGGAUAAGACUCACCACCAAUCCCUGUUGACUUGAUAGCUCAAUGGGUAGAGUGGCAGUCUAGAUACCUGAAGAUGCGAGUUCAAAUCCAGCUCAAGCCAACAAAUUUUUUGUUGGUCGAUUGCAGUGUCAGAAUAAUAUGAAACUGGUUUUUCGUAUGUAACAUAUUAGCCGAAUUCAUAUUAGGGACGGGAAACUCGUCUGUCAAAACCCGUCUGAAUAUGAAUUUAGGGACAGAUAAAUUCGAAUUUAAGAUGAGUUUCCCAUCUAGAUGGGUUCCCCGUCUAACUUUCCCGUCUGUUUGAACAGGUAAGUUAGACGGGAAAGUUAGACGGGAAAGUUCGGACAGGAAACUCGUCUGCCCCCGGAUUCAUAUUAGACAAGUUUCCUGUGUUUCCCGUCUAAGACGAGUUUCCCGUCUCUAAUAUGAAUUUGGCUAUUGUCUUACCUUUCCUUGCCCAAGUAUAAAACUUUUAAAGUGUCCAAGAGUAAUACUUAUUAUAACCUUUCCAUUAUAGUCCAUAAUAUGGAGAAACAGAGAAACAGUGGUUUAUUCAACACGGAUGCAGCUUCUGCAUUGAUCUCGACAACUGACACUUUGUUAAAUACUUCUCCCCUCCCUAGCGAUCCCUUACUAGACAUCAAAGAGCCAGAUUCUGGCACAUUAGACCCUUUUGUAAAUAUUGAUAGUGUCGAUGGUGACGCAAACACAGAGGAAUACACGACACCAAGUAAAAGGAUAAAGACUGAUGUUUGACAUAUAUACGCAAACUAUUUUAAAUCUUCCAUAAUAUUUGAUAGUUAUGGACUAGCUAUUGAAUUAUUUUAUUUGCACAACCGAAGGGGAUUUUAUUGGACUACAGGAUGAUUACUAUUUAUUUUGUCUUAAAAAUCACACCAAUGUAAUAUAAGAUGUCAUUUGAUGUCGCUAGUGAAUCUGUAAAUAUAACGCACAUCUUGAAUAAUAAAUAUUGUGGAUGUUUAUUUGCACUGCAAACUUUUGCAGAUGGUACAACUACCUGAUAAAUGUACAAAGAAGUUUGACAAUUCGAGCGAAGGACCUUCAUCUAGAAGUUAGGAAUGGUGAUAUUGGAUCUAACAUCAAUUAAAAAAUUGUACCUUCAAUUGGUCAUCAACCUUGCCAGUGUGUUGUUCGCACUCUUAUGAAAAUGUUGAUAAGGGCAAAGUAGAGCACAUUAUGAUUAUGGAGAUACUCUGCUUUAUCCAUUGAUGCAGCAAUACUUUCCUCUUGAUGUUAAAAAUGUCUAAGAGACGGAGUAGGUGCAUUGUAGUAAUGAGUUAAGUUGUAUUGCACCCUUAUGUUGCAAAAUAGUUACAUUAAAUAUUAUUUACAAGUUUUAGUAUGCAAUGAAUGAAUGGCAUGCCAACUUUAGAUCACUGACCAACAAAUUGAGACUCAUGGGUAGUGGUCUGUUUAAACUUGCAAUUUUUGCUGUGAUUUUCUUCCAAUGAAUGUGAACGAGUAGAUAAGUUGUGAAUGCUCUGACAAGGGUACAUACAUAUACUCAGAAGGAAGUCACAGCAAAAAUUGCAAGCAUUGACAGGCCGUUAUGGGCUAUUAUGCAAAGGGCCCACUGCAUAUAUGUUUGAAGUGUUUAUAGACCUUGCUUGGUAAUUUACCUACAAACCAUUGAAUGCUUCUGUAAUUAAGCCUGUGUUCUACAUGUCUACGAGACAUAUAGACUGUAUAUAAACCAGACAAAUGUUGCGCAUGAUAGCACAGUUCUUCCGUGGUGCCCUUGUUGGAAUUUCAAAAUCAUUAAGUUUGUAUGGCUUUCACCUGGAAAAGAAUGCAGAGUACGUAUCACAUGCAUGUCCGGAACAAAUACUACUUGUGGAAAGCAAAAAAUACAAUUUUAUAAUAUGCAUCACAAUUGACUCGAGAUAAAUCAUCCUGUUCAAGGCAACAGAGCCGGGGGGGAGGGCUAUGUCCCCAAAAGUUGAAGCUUGCACGCUCUUCAAGAGCAAUCAGAGGGGGGGAGAGUUUAAUUAAUACAAAUGUGUCAGAUUCUUUACUGUCUAAAAUGUAAGAACUGCAGAUUAAAUUUCAACACAGAAGGCAGGAAAUUAUUAAAUACCAUAUAGAAAACACUUGGAUGUCCCUAGAGUCUGUCUAACCUCCACUACCACCUAUGUUCACGAUAGAUCAUUCCCCUUAUAGUGAACUGCUAGAAUAGUGUGAUAGAUCUACAUCAUGGCAAUAGUGCAUCUCUUUUACAAUUUACACCAAAGUAUUAAAUUAAACAUCAAGCUAUAUUUCCUAACCUAUUUUACACUUACUUUUCUUGGUGAAAUCAGGCUCCAACAAAUGGUCAAUAAUCCUCGGACAUAAAUAAAACUUGGUGUAAAGCAGGACAAGAAGCACUCCCAGUGUUCCGUAUAGCCAGUAUUGUCUGUCUCGUAUUUCCAACAUGAACACAGCAAGCCCAGCAAAACAUGCCAACAAAUUUAGUCGAUACUGUUACAACAAGAUAACAUGUUUUACUAUUGACAUUUCAAGUUAGGAAGUCAAUUAACAUA